ACGGGAAAAUUUUCGUGUCAUUUGACUCGCAAAUUUGAGAUCGUUAAUUUGAAGCCAAAAUUUUAAAUGAAGCUUCACGCGCCCAUGAGAAUGCCCGCCCAAUUUUUUUCUCCGAAAAUUUGGUUUGGCAAAUAAUUAAGAAUGGAAGAAACAAGAAAUAAAUUAGCACAGGCAGAGCCUUUGAGAGGUCUUUUUGCUUUAACUGCUGCUGCUGAAUUUCUUCAAUGGACGGCCUCACAUACUUCUGAAUCUUCUUCCUGUUUGCCCUCACGUUAUUUCUUCUCUUCACCCUGUAAUACCGGUGAUUCCGAGGCUUCUUGCGGGGCGGAAAUAUUCUCCAGAAAUUUGUACAGCAGGCGUUUAAGUGAUUCUUCUGCUGAAGAGUCGUCUUGCUUAACAAGCUUUGCGGGGAAUUCAACAUUUGGAAGCCAUAAGACUCAACCGAAGGCUGGAAGGCUCGCUCAUUUAGCCACAGUUGCUUGCUCUACUCGAUUUGCCUUGUGCGAGUUUAGCAAUUUAAAUUCGUUCGCGUUACAGACUUCGAAGAAAAUACGUUCAGCCAGGAGCUUUAAGAAAAACAAAACGAGCUGUGUAGGUUGGAUCUCGAUGCUGACUCCAACGACCGUUAACUCGCCUUUCAAUCCUGAAGACGGAUCUCCAGGAGAUGGUACCAUCGACACGGCUUCGACAGGAAUCGCCUCCUCAUCACGAAUCUCUAGCACGAGUAGGCAAAAUAAUCUCUCUUCCCGACAGAAGAAGCCUCAUCUGAAAAGAAAGGAAAAUAAUUGUCGUAAAGCGAUUCCAUUCAAAACCACGCGGCUUGAGCUCCGUUGCAUAGCUAUUAGGAAGUUUCUUGUCGAUCAAACCUUUUCUUCUGAGACGCGCAUUCGCGCAAAUUUUGGAAACACUCCUGACACCAGCAAGGCUCUCAGACUACUUGUGAAGCAAAACCUGGUUAAACGCUUUGGAGCUGGAGGAAGACCCGAUCCAUUUGUCUACAUGGCCAUAGUUCCUCCAGGGUUAAGUGAGCUUGAAAAGCUGAAGGAAUGUGGAGAGUUCAGCAGUAUGAUAUGCAAUGACUCAUUGAACUUUUCUGAAUAGAUAUCUUUUUGUUUAGUUUGCUGUAAAUCGGCAAGAUUUACAGCUAACAAAAUAUAGACUUAAGAUUAGCCCUCAAUGAAAAAUAAAACACUUCUUUUGCCAUUCCAAGUAAAAUAUAGACUUAAGAUUUGCCCUCAAUGAAAAAUAAAACACUCCUUUUGCCACCAACUUCUGAAUUAUUCUUUCAACCCUUUUGGGUAAAUGUAGCGACUAACUACAAUAGGAAGGGAUCGCAAAAAUUGUUAGAAAAGACAUAUCUUGAAAAUAAUAAAUAACGGGGUGCUAUACCUUGCAACCUUACCAAAUA